CUAUGUGGGUUGUGUUCCAGAAUAAAGAUUCUUGUAUUUCAAAGAUUCCCUUGCCUUGCCAUACUUUGCCCGUGCAGCCGUGACAGACACCAGUUCUGAUUGGGAUCAAUGGCUCCCUUUCCUUCUAUUUGCAUAUAGGGAGGUACCUCUGUACCCCACCAAGCUGUUCACCAUUUGAAUUGCUUUAUGGCCAUGAGAUGCGGGAGAAGCUGAGGCAGAUGUCCACUCUGGCACAAGAACACAUGGGCCAGGCGCAGAAGAGUCAGAAGUUCUGGUACGACCGGUCAGCACGCCACAGAAGCUUUUCUGCUGGUCAGAAGGUUUUAGUGAUGUUGCCUAGUCAUGACAGUAAAUUGCUUGCAAAGUGGCAAGGUCCAUUUGUCAUACAGGAGAAAAUUGGGCCAACUACUUAUCGGGUCUCGGCCCCAGGGAAGAGGCGAUCCAAAGUCCUUCAUGCCAAUCUGUUGAAAGAGUGGGUUUCCCGACCGGAAAGAGGAGCAGAGUCCCUGUUAAUCAGACAGGUAGAGGAAGAGGACGAUGAUGAAGAGCAGUACCUACCCAGGAUAACACCACUGGAGUUACAGUUGCAACAUCUCCAUGAGGACCAACAACAUGAGGUGAGGGCCCUGUGCACUCCUGAUGUUUUUUCUGAGAUUCCUGGUCUGUCACAUGUUGUCUCUCAUGACAUUGUAUUGAAGGAAGAGGCGUCAGUGAGGCGCAUGAGCUACAGGAUCCCUGAGCAGCUGGUGGAGUCCCUGAAGGAGGAGGUUGACCAGAUGUUGUCCAUGGGAGUUAUCGAGCCAUCAAGGAUCUGUCUUGGCCAGAACAUCUGGAUCAUCUGCAGCAGGUCCUGCGGCGUCUUCAGGGAGCGGGGUUGA